GAGGUGGCAGCGCGGGGCCUACUGGGAGUUGAAGUUCGCGCGGCGCCCCAGAGACGAUGCGCGCCGGCGGAAGGGCCUGGCGGGGGCUGCAGCUGCUCGGCGGGACGCGGUGGGGGGGGUCGGUGGCCAUGGCUGGGGCCUGUGGAGGCGGAGGGGCGGCCGCGCCCGGGGCAGAGCUGGGGCACAGGAUGGUCUGGGUGGACCUGGAGAUGACUGGACUGGACAUUGAGAAGGACCAGAUCAUUGAGAUGGCCUGUCUCAUCACUGAUUCGGACUUAAACAUCUUGGCCGAAGGUCCCAAUCUGAUAAUAAACCAGCCAGAUGAGCUGCUGGAAAGCAUGUCAGACUGGUGCAAAGAGCAUCAUGGAAAGUCCGGGCUUACAAAGGCCGUGAGGGACAGCACCAUCUCUCUGCGCCAAGCAGAGUACGAAUUCCUGUCUUUCAUCCGACAGCAGACACCGCCAGGAAUCUGCCCCCUUGCAGGGAACUCUGUUCAUGCGGACAAGAAGUUUCUCGACAAGCACAUGCCUCAGUUCAUGAAGCACCUUCACUACCGGAUCAUUGACGUGAGCACUGUCAAAGAGCUGUGCAGACGCUGGUACCCAGAAGACUACAAGUUUGCCCCGAAGAAGGCUGCUUCUCACAGAGCCCUUGACGACAUCAGGGAGAGCAUCAAAGAGCUACAGUUCUACAGAAACAGCAUCUUCAAGAGGAAAACGGACGAGAAGAAAAGAAAACUAGUGGAGAACGGUGAAAGUGAAAAGACAACCAGUUGAUCUUGCAGCCUGGUUCAUUAGCAGCAGCACAAGAUGCCGGGGUGGCCUGCUGGCAUUUUCAGUUUGCCCUCCGCUCAGGAAGCAGCUCCUUUCCGUUCCAUGGCUUCCCCAAAGUUGUGAGCAAUGCCUGGCUCCCGGCUGCGGCUGGUGGGUUCAGCUGUAGGCCUGCGCCACAAGGCCUGGACAGCUGCUUCGUUCAAGGGCACAGAGUCCCCUUUUGUUUGGUUUUAGGCACCCUCUUUUGUUAUAAUAAAACCAGCCUUGCCGAAA